UUUACGACCGUUUGAGUAGGCGUGAAGCCAAAGUAUAAAUGCCGUGAUCUUGGCAAGAGGGUCACAGUGUUCUACCCAGCAGUGUUACAGAGCUCUGUACAAGCUGCCAAAAUGAAGUCGCUGAUAUUUCUCGGCGUUUUGGUCUUUGGAAUUGCCUUAGUGAGUGGACGCUGUGCAACUAAGCCUAAUUGUAGGAUGGCGUGCCCCUUUGGGUUCGAAAAAGACAACAAGGGAUGUAAACUUUGUAAAUGUGUGCAGCCCAUUCAGCCAAAGAGACGUCCUCGCGCCUUAGUGAGUGGACGCUGUGCAACUAAGCCUAAUUGUAGGAUGGCGUGCCCCUUCGGGUUCGAAAAAGACAACAAGGGAUGUAAACUUUGUAAAUGUGUGCAGCCCAUUCAGCCAAAGAGACGUCCUCGCGCCUUAGUGAGUGGACGCUGUGCAACUAAGCCUAAUUGUAGGAUGGCGUGCCCCUUUGGGUUCGAAAAAGACAACAAGGGAUGUAAACUUUGUAAAUGUGCGCAGCCCAUUCAGCCAAAGAGACGUCCUCGCGCCUUAGUGAGUGGACGCUGUGCAACUAGGCCUAAUUGUAGGAUGGCGUGCCCCUUUGGGUUCGAAAAAGACAACAAGGGAUGUAAACUUUGUAAAUGUGCGCAGCCCAUUCAGCCAAAGAGACGUCCUCGCGCCUUAGUGAGUGGACGCUGUCCAACUAGGCCUAAUUGUAGGAUGGCGUGCCCCUUCGGGUUCGAAAAAGACAACAAGGGAUGUAAACUUUGUAAAUGUGCGCAGCCCACUCAGCCAAAGAGACGUCCUCGCGCCUUAGUGAGUGGACGCUGUCCAACUAAGCCUAAUUGUAGGAUGGCGUGCCCCUUUGGGUUCGAAAAAGACAACAAGGGAUGUAAACUUUGUAAAUGUGCGCAGCCUAUUCAGCCAAAGAGACGUCCUCGCAGACAGGGCGAAUGCCCACCCAAGGCCAUGUGUAUGAUGAACUGCGCCAAUGGAUUCGCCACAGAUGACAACGGUUGUGACGUGUGCAAGUGUAAAGGUACUAAGUGCCCGGAUGUAAAGUGUAUGAUGAAUUGCCCACAUGGCUUCCAACGUGAUGAGAAUGGCUGUGAAAAGUGCAAGUGCGCCGCUAAACCAGUGUGCUCCCAAAGGCCAAUCUGUAAGAUGUCCUGUCCUUUUGGUUUUGAAAAGGACGAAGACGGUUGCGACGUCUGCCGAUGUGCAGAGAACCCUGCCUGUGCCGAGAAACCUACCUGCAGGAUGAGGUGUGAGUUUGGCUUUGAGAGAGACCAGGAGGGAUGCGAUGUCUGUAAAUGCGCAGCCAAUCCUGCCUGUGCCGAGAAGCCAAUUUGCAGGAUGAAGUGCCCUCACGGCUUCAUGAAGGACGAGGAAGGAUGUGAUUUCUGCAAGUGUGCACCCAGUCCCGACUGCCUCAACAAGCCAAUGUGCAUGAUGUUCUGUCCCGAUGGCUUCGAGAAGGACGAGGAAGGAUGUGACAUCUGCAAGUGUGCAGCCUCCAAGUGUCCCCCAAAGGCUAUGUGCAUGAUGAAUUGUCCAGAAGGUUUCAAGAAGGAUGCUAGUGGUUGUGACACCUGCAGCUGUGCAGAUUCGUGCCCCCCGAAACCAAUGUGCUUCAUGAUGUGCCCUGAUGGCUUUGAGAAGGACGACGACGGGUGUGACACAUGCAAGUGUGCUGCUUCUUCCAGUUUGUCCAACAACUGCUCUCCCAUUCAGUGCAACAAGAAUUGCCCCUUCGGCUUCCACAAGGACAGCAACGGAUGUGACAAAUGCAGGUGCUACUGGCCAAGACCGGAGAAGAUCUGCCGGGAAGUGAAAUGCCGCAGGCACUGCCCAAACGGUUACAGGAAGAAUCGCCGUGGUUGUGAAACAUGCAGAUGUCGCUGGUGAACACAACAUCCCGGUGUCAUGGGUACCAAGGUGGAUCCCGAGAUUGAAGCAAGGUCUAUGAGGCGACAACUGCCAAGAACGACAGCAGUUAGGGACCCAUCACAUGAAGUGCUAUGGAAAAAACAGUAUUGAACUUUUAUACAUACGAAAAUAAAUCACUUGAAGCGGAA